GUGUAACAGCUGGCGGAAAGCCGCCCAGUCCCGAUCCUGAAGGUCUCCUCACAGCCACGUGAGUGCAGGUAUCUUUCCACAGUCAGAGGCGACCCAAGAGGUGGGGAUGGAAGAGAAGGAUCCAGAAGGACCUGGAUUAGGCAAGAGAUCAAGGAGGAGUCCUCAUCCCACCAAGGCUGAGAGUGGUGUGGAAUAUUGGGAAAGAGCUGUGCCAGAGAACCUGUCUCAAUACCCUAUGACUGCAGAUGUAUGCAACCGAUGGUUCCGGCAGUUCCGCUACCAUGAGGGCUAUGGACCCCGAGAGGUUUGCAGCCAGCUCCAUGGACUUUGCAACCAAUGGCUGGAGCCAGAGAAACAUACCAAGAAGCAGAUGCUGGACCUGGUGAUCCUGGAGCAGUUCCUGGCUAUCCUGCCCCAGGAAAUGCAGUGCUGGGUGAGAGGAUGUGAGCCAGAAACCAGUUCCCAGGCAGUGGCCCUGGCUGAAGGUUUCCUCCUGAGCCAGGUAGAGGAAAAGAGGCAGGCAGAGCAGAUGUGGGCACCAGCUGUAAAGAUGGAAGCCAAGUUCUGUGAGAUGGAAGGACCUUGGUCAGAGGAAAGUCAGUGGGAGCAGGCCCAGAAGGAUGCCCAAGAUGCCCUGUCAAGUGGUAAGGGCAGUGAAGAAAUACUGUCAAGUUGUCAUCUUUUCAGUGGAGUGCAAAUGUCUGCUCCCCCUCUGGUCCAGUCUCCCUUUUCCUUUGAGGAGGUGGCUGUGUGUUUCACCGUGGCUGAGUGGGCCCUGCUGGAUCUGGGCCAAAAAGCUGUCUAUAGGGAAGUCAUGCUGGAGAACUACGGGAAUGUGGCCUCUCUGGCCAGGAAUGCAAGAGAGACUACAGUGGAGAGAGAUGAAGGCCUUGUGUCCGAAGAAUGGCUGGAGAGUUUCUUAGGAAGAUCUCCGGAGCUUCUUUCUUUGUCAGAUGACCUGCCUGCUACAGCAGAUGUAGAGGAGACAGCUGGAGAAUUCCAGGGAUUCUCCAUAGAAAAUGUCAAGAAUGAAGAUGCUGAAGGAAGCUUCAGAGAUGGAGACAGACCACAGAGACAGGAGGAACGCCCCUCAGGAGAAGAUCAGAGGAAUGAGGAGGAUGAGGAACUGCAUCAUCUGUCACCUGAUGAAAUCAAGAAUGAAGAUGUGACGGAACACUUCAGGAAUCAAGGCAGACUUAAGAGGCAGAAAGGCAGCCACACGGUCAAGAAGAGGGCUAAACUCAUCCAUUGCCAAGGAGGGAUUUCCCAAAAAGUCAUUCACAUGGUGGAGGAAACAGACAAGGGCAUGGAGUACGGAAUGAACGUAUCAGAUCAAACCCAGUGUAGGAUUUAUUUACAAAUGCAUAGUGGAAACAAGUCCCAUCAAUCUCUGGAGAGUAGAAAGACCAUGAUCUACAGAGCAGAGCUGUGUAGACAGCAAAGAACACAUGCAGGGGAGAAAAUUUUUAGGUGCUCAGAGUGUGGCAAGAGCUUCUCAGAGAAUUCAGACCUUGUUCAGCACCAAAGGAUUCACUCAGAAGAACAGCUAUAUAUCUGCUCAGAGACUGGAUGUGGAAAGUACUUCAGAUACAAACGACAGUUCAUUGUGCACCAGAAAGUCCACAGAGGAGAGAAACUUUUUGAAUGUUCAGAGUGUGCAAAGAAAUUCAGCCGCAGUGACCAUUUUCUACAACAUCAGCGAACCCACACAGGGGAGAAGCCUUUUGAAUGCACAGAGUGUGGGAAGAGAUUCAGUCAGAGUACCACUCUUCAAAACCAUCAACGAACACAUACAGGAGAGAAGCCCUUUGAAUGUCCAUUGUGUGGGAAGAGAUUUAGUCGAAGUAGCAUUCUUCAGCAGCAUCAGAGAACCCAUACAGGGGAGAAGCCCUUUGAAUGCUCAGAGUGUGGGAAGAGAUUCAGUCAGAGUGUCCAUUUUCAACAGCAUCAACGAACCCACACAGGGGAGAAGCCCUUUGAAUGUUCGGAGUGUGGGAAGAGAUUCAGCCAGAGUAGCACUCUUCAAAAGCAUCAACGAACACACACAGGAGAGAAGCCCUUUGAAUGCUCGGAGUGUGGGAAGAGAUUUAGUCACUGUAGCACUCUUGAACAGCAUCAGAGAACCCAUACAGGGGAGAAGCCUUUUGAAUGCCCAGAGUGUGGGAAGAGAUUCAGUCAGAGUGGCCAUUUUCAAAAGCAUCAACGAACCCACACUGGAGAGAAGCCCUUUGAAUGUUCAGUAUGUGGGAAGAGGUUCAGACAGAGUAAUGCUCUUCAAUAUCAUCAACGAACCCACACAGGGGAGAAGCCCUUUGAAUGCUCAGAAUGUGGGAAGAGAUUCAGUCAGAGUAGCAGUCUUCAAAAGCAUCAACGGACACACACAGGAGAGAAGCCUUUUGAAUGCUCGGAGUGUGGGAAGGGAUUUAGUCACUGUAGCACUCUUGAACAGCAUCAGAGAACCCACACAGGGGAGAAGCCUUUUGAAUGCUCAGAGUGUGGAAAGAGAUUCAGUCAGAGUGGCCAUUUUAAAUGUCAUUUACAAACCCACACAGGGGAGAAACCCUUUGAAUGCUCAGAGUGUGGGAAGAGAUUUAAUCAUAGAAGCAAUCUUCAACAGCAUCAGAGAACCCACACAGGGGAGAAACCCUUUGAAUGUUCAGAGUGUGGGAAGAGAUUUAAUCAUAGAAGCAUUCUUCAACAGCAUCAGAGAACCCACACAGGGGAGAAGCCCUUCAACUGUUCAGAAUGUGGGAAGAGUUUCGGUCAGAGUAGCACUCUUCAAAAGCAUCUAAGAACCCACACUGGGCAGAAGCCCUUUGCAUGCUCUGUGUGGGAAGAGAUACACUUAGAGAGGCAUUCUUCAACAGCAUCAGCAAACCCACACAGGAGAGAAGCCCUUUGAAUAUUCAGAGUGUUGGAAGAGGUUCAGUCAUAGCAGCACUCUUCAAAAGCACCAACAAACUCACUCAGGGGAGAAGCCCUUUGAAUGUUCAGAGUGGGAAGAGAUUCAGUCAUAGUGGCAUUCUUGAAGAGCAUUAACACACCCACCCAGGGGAGGAGCCGUUUGAAUACACAGAGUGUUGGAAGUGAUUCUGUCAUAAUGGUGCCCUUCAAGAACCCACAUAAGGAGAGACCAUGUGACUACUUAGCCCAGAGUUGUCAAACACGUUUGUUUUGAGGGCUAGAUCAGGCAAAAAUGUCACUUUGUCAGGCUAUGGCAUGUUAUCAUAAAAUGUACGGCUAGUCCAGAGUUAUAAACUUCAAAAGGGACAGAGGCAGAUCCAAUUAUCAUUUUCUUUAUAAACAGCGUUACAGUAUUGCCCUUAUUUAACAGUCCUUUAAAUGACAUAUAUUGCUCUGAAUUAUUGCAUCAAAAUUUGGAAUUAACAUCUGUGCUUAUAGCAGUCUUCA